AUGCAGAUGCGCAGGUGGCUCUGGAGUCAGGUGAGCGCAACAGACUCCGGGCUCUCCCUGACCACCAAGGACACGCGUCGAAUAGGAUUGGUGUCCGUGCAGGCUUUAACGACCUAUCGCCACGGACCCGCCAACGAAGAGGCGUGCUGGCUGGGGGUCCUCGCCCUGCAGUUCUGGGGCCUUCUGAUGCAGUUUCCGCAGAUUCAUCCGUACGAGUUUGAGGUGGAUUGGCGACUGUUCGCGAGUGCGGACUGGACUUUGGUCCUCUUGUCGGAGUUCCCGAUUUUUGGGCUGCUCCACCAGGCGCAGCAGGCGAUCCAGUCCUGUGAGAUGUUCGCGGUUGGCACGACUCGUCUUCCGGGCGGUCACCGCACGUGCCCGCUGCCUCGCUGUGACCUCCAAGAUGAUGCCGAGGGCCUGGGCCUGGAGGAAGUACAGCGAGCCCAGCUCUUCUUCGAUAUGCUGGUGAACAGUGCUCUAGCUGGGGAGGCAGUGUUCAUGGUGACGCUUCCUAGAGUGCCGCGCUGCCCGCUGGGCCAAGCAGCGCAGGAGUUGGCAUUCGCCGUUGUGGACGCCGUUCGGUAUGGUGCUGGAGCAUGGCGGCAGAUCUCCCGAUCGGUCAUGUCCGCCAAGAGCCGCAUGAUGAAAUGGCUCCAGGGAGACUUGCCGCAAGCCCCGCAGAGCAGGGACGAGCUGGGAAACAUCUCCACGGCAGACCCCUUGAGCGAGGUCUUGGCCUCCCGCUGGAACGUGCUGGGUCUGCUCCAUGCUCUCCAGGUGGUGCUCCGGCGAAGUGUGGACAGCCACCCUCACAUUCAGCUGCCGUGGCUCGUCGCGGAGGGUCCACGGGGCUUGGAUCUGCUUGCAGAUACGAGCAGUCUGCGUGGCAGCUUUGCUCGAUACUUGUUGGCCAACCUCCGCCGCGAGUUCUGGGGCGGAGGGCGAGGAGUUGAGCAUCUCGUGGCCCGCGUGCUGCAUGAAGGGCGCUGCCACCCGACGGAGCCUCGGGUUUUCGUAGACGUUGGAGCUCUUUGCCAUGCACACGAAUGCCUGAGCAAGAUACUCCUCGCAGAAACGGCGAGGAAGUGCGGAGGUCGCAGUGGGCGCAUCUUCGUUGAUGCUUUGGAGCCCAAUGCCAGGAACUUUCGAUCGACGAAGGCUCAGCUACUCCGCCUCCCCCGACGCUGGCACCUUCGGCUGCGCCUUCGGAGGGCUGCCGCUGGCAACACCACGAUGAGGGCCACCUUGCACGGCACAGGGGCGAAGGCAUCGCUGAAGGCCGAAGCUUAUGGUGGCCUUUCAUGGAGCUUCAAGCCCAGCAUGGGCAAGAUAGUUUCAUCGGCGGAUGGGCGAAAGGAGCAGGUGUCGGUGAUCCGCCUCGAUUCUUGGGUGGGAGCACGCUUGCGGACACACGGGCGAGUGGAGGUCUUGAAGAUUGAUGUGGAAGGUGGGGAGUGGGAGGUGCUUUUGGGAGCGGAAGCUCUUUUGGUUGAGAGGCGUGUGCUCUGUGUGGUCUUGGAGUACUCGCACUUCUGGGCCGCAAGCACGCACGUCACUUUGAAGGGUCUCGCACGAUGGAUGUCGGAGAGAGGCUACGACGGCUACCUCGUGGGCAGCCCUCACUUGAUUCCUGUGAGUGGUGUGGACAUGGAGUGGUGGCACGACCUGUACGAGGUCUGCGCAGCACCCGACUCCCGCAUCUACCGUGGUCUGGCAGGCUGGUGCUGGCUUAACGCGGCCUUCGUCCUGCGAGGCUCCAGGCUUGCGCUUGCAGCCCAGAAGUGGCUCCCAAAGAUGGGCAAAAAAGUGUUCGAAGGUGCAGAGGGCAAGUGUUACGGCAUGUCCGCGAAGAGCUCUCUCAGUCUGGUGUCGUCGCAGAGUUGCAACUCAUUCGGAGACGCUGAGAAUCGCUGCUUCAAAAGAGUGGAGUUCCUCGUGAGACCCGUGGCCAUGGCAUGCAGCCCGCGAGCAGCGCUGCAGGAGGAUGCAGAGGGUUCCUGCAGCGACGGCGAGGAGGAGAUCAGCCCCUGGAGUCUCUGGUGCGAGGAGGCUGAACAGGGAGUCUGGCCGCGGGAUUUCGCCUUCCUCCUGCGCAGCCGAAGCCGGAGUCCCCGCCGUCGCCCAGGGCGCCCCGGGCGCUCAGUCGAGGAUGCUCCUGCAACAGAGUCGCCACCGCGGCUGCCCACUUUGAAGCUCGAAAGGCCAUGGAGGCAAGUUCUCUCGUCCGCUCCUUUUGCACAUGCUGCCGCGCAGCCGUCGCAGCAGACCGCUCCGCUUCUGCAAGAGGAGGGAGAGUGCCGAGAAUGCCGGGCCCGGCCUCGGUGCGAGAAGACGUGGCGUGAUGAGGGGACGCCACAUGCUUUUGGCGAAGGCUACAAACAGAAGACUUUCCUCGCCACGUUGACUGCAAAUCCGCUUCUUUGUAAGGCGGAAUGA